AUGGAUUACCAAAGAGAAAAAGAUCUCAAGGCUUUCGACGAGUCCAAAGCAGGCGUGAAAGGGUUAGUGGACACGGGAACACUAACCAAACUCCCUAAAAUCUUCGUCCGACCACACGACGAGAUAGCCAAGGAUUUGGACACUUGGCAACAAACAUCAUCAGAUUGUCCGGAGAUCCCACUGGUGGAUCUUCGGGUAAUCUUUGAGAAUGAUGGUGAAGGACGCGAUGAGAUUGUGCGACAAAUCCGAAAGGCGUCGGAAAGUUGGGGAUUCUUUCAAGUGAUCAAUCACGGGAUCCAAAGUUGUGUUCUUGAAGGAAUGAUAGACGGUGUACGAGCCUUCCACGAGGAUGAUGUGGAGGCGAAGAAAGCGAUUUACACUCAUGAUCACUUCAAGAAGGUGAGGUUUGAAUGCAACAUUGACUACAACAAGACACGGUUCGUAAAUUGGAGGGACUCCAUGAGCAUUGGUAUGGAGAAUCAUGAAGAUCAUGAUCUUAGUGAAGUUCCAGAAAUAUGCAGAGACCGGAUGUUGGAUUAUAUUAAAUGCACCCGAAGAUUUGGUGAGACUCUACUCGAGCUAUUAGGGGAGGCACUCGGGCUAAAAAAGGAUCAUUUGAGGGAGCUUGAUUGCACAAGAGCUCAAACCAUAUUUUGUCAUUACUAUCCAGCCUGUCCAGAGCCAAAUCUAACACUCGGAGCUAGUAGGCACACCGAUCCAUCAUUCUUCACAGUUCUACUCCAAGACAAACUUGGCGGCCUACAGGUUCUGCACCAAGAUCGUUGGAUCGAUGUAAUGCCCGUUUCGGAUGGUCUCAUAGUCAACAUAGGCGAUCUUCUCCAGAUUUUAUCCAACGACAAGUUCAAGAGUGUAGAUCACAGGGUGGUGGCUAGCUAUGUCGGACCACGAAUAUCAAUUGCUUGCUUUUUUAAUGGUGUUGUGGAUAGUGCAAAGGUUUAUGGUCCUAUAAAAGAGGCAAUAUCUAAUGGAGAUUUUCCUUUAUACAAGGAAUUCACUAUUAAGGAUUAUUUUAUCAAUUUCUUUUCUAAAGCGAAUGGAGAAUCUGGCUUGAAUAAGUUUAGAAUGUAAUAAAGACCAACUAUAUAUCUUGAUAAAUGAAA